AUGUGGGCCAUGAAGACAUCCUCCAAUGGUCACAGAGAACUCGAGAGGUUCAUCAGAGUCAAAGGCUGGCUGGGUACUACCUUGGUCAUUGAACUUUCUCCUCUUUCAGACUCCAAAAAUAUGUGCCCCGUUGACCAUUUUGCUACCACAAGCAGUACAGACACCCCUUCCUCUUCCUCAUUACAAGGCGCCCGUUACGCCUGGUCCCAAACGGACUUAACUUCAGACCAACCAGUCAUGGCGAACCCAGAAGAGGCCACCGAGACUGUAGCUCAGCACAGAUUUGUCCGAGACUUGAUACCUGGAGGCGACUUGAUCCUCGCGGUUGGUCCGCACAGAACUCUCUUCAGGGUUGCGUCAGCCUUUCUCUGCGAGAUAUCGCCUGUGUUCGCAGUAAUGUUUGGGCCAAACUUUGAAGAAGGAAAUCGCCUGCGCAGUCGUCAGCCUGAAGACCCCGAGAUGGUUCUCGAACUUCCCGAUGACGAUCCUUUAGCUUUCGACAACACCAUCCUCGUGCUUUACGGGUCGGACCCUUCGACACAGGACUGUGACCCAGAAGAUAUUCAGAGGAUUUCAAUUCUUGUCGAUAAAUACGAUAUGGUCUCGCGCUUUAUCUUUGCUUCGGUGUAUUGGUUUGCGAAGUAUGCAUGGGCAGAUGAUCCUGAAGAGACAUGGCAACUCACAACUGCUGCUUACUGGAUGCAAAACCCUGAUGCUUUCUUUACUUUUAGCAAGAAACUCGUCAAGCAGAUGCAACCUUCUCACUUGAGCCACGUCGCGAGCAUGCCCGACAAAAUGCUUGGGCUUCGACUUUGCUUGGCGAUCGAAGAACAACGUGUUCACACGCUCGCGAACGAAGUUAAAGCAAAAGGUCUUUGUUUGUACUGUUUCGGCCGGACCAAGGUUGGAUUUACUUCGCCCCGACCGAGAUCCUCUACGAAAGGACCUCUCGACCUUGACGAUGACCCGUUACUGUCACCUCAGCAGCCGGCCCCUCAGCGAGUGGCUACGCAUCGCAAUAGAAUCUCAUCACCACAUCCGCGCUCAUCUACAGCGACCCCAGUCUCACAACUUGGAGAGGCGAAACCCAAAGACUUUUCGUUUCUUUUGAGACCAGAGAUUUACCACCCCCUGACGCCUCUCAACGUUCCUGUUGCAUUUCGUAACCCACAAAAGCAGCCCAAUCCCGAGGCUCCCAUUGAGGAGCUCCUUGCCAGCGGUCACUUCAGAGCAGCGGCUAUUGCUGCUGUCCAGGAACUCACAGGCUCUGGAGCCAGUGGAGGAAUUAAUCCUACAGAUUCCAAAAGGAUAUUUGAACUUCUUUACACUCGACUGGCAUGUCUUACCCUGAUUGAUGCGACUCCCUUGGCUGCUCAGGAGGUCAAAGCCUUGGAAGAUCUCAACGACAUCAGGAAAGUUCUUAAUGUACGUCUUCAGUCACUUGGCUUCGGCGAUUAUCGCCGAGCUGUUAUGAGUUACCACGACCUCGCCCGCGAAGCUCGUGAUCGUAUCAGCAAAGCAGCAGCUCAACACGAUAACUCCGCAAGAGAACUCUGGAAAGCUCGUCUUCACGAUCUUGGUAUACAGGUUGCUGGAGCUCUGAUUGAGCUCGAAGACCUCACAGGCGCAGCGCAUCACCUCAGCACCCUGCGAGAUCGAGGCGAUGGUAAGAUGGCACUCACCAAGGCACUUCUGUGGCUUCACCUGGGUGAUGUAGAUAGCGCCAGGUCCUGCGCACGUCAAGCAAUGGAAAACGAUGAAAACGUCGAGAAGCUAAUCUUGGCACUCUGUGACAUGGCUGACGCAGAGUACGAGACAGCCCUUGAAGCGUGGAAGGAAUUGAAGGAAAGUUUGGACGACGAAAUGGUUGGCGUCAACACAGCCGUAUGCUUGUUGUAUCUCGGGCGGAUACAGGAGGGACGCGCAAUAUUGGAGGGCCUUGUGGAUUCUGGAUUAUCGUCCCAUACUCUCUUGUUUAACCUAUCGACUAUGUACGAGCUAUGUACCGAGAGACACAAGAACCUGAAACUCAAGCUCACAGAGCGGGUCGCUGGCCUAGAUGCAUCGACUGCAGGCUGGGAAAAGACAAACAGCGAUUUUAAGCUGUAG